UGAACAUCUAAGAAAACCGAUUCUUAGAUCUACAGUUAACGCCCAAUAAUUUACCAACCAUCUCCUUGCCAAUCAGCUAGGCGAGUUCUUAAUAUGGGUGAGGAGUUUCUACAUCAUGCUUAUAAAUCAAAAUGUGAAUUUCAAAUGGAAGUAAACGGAACAAUUACUAUGGAUAUUGAGACUGGGGUAAGGAAAAUGAUAGAAAUGAUUUUACAGCAUUUAAAAAUCAAAUCUCCUGUUUUCGCGGUGGCUAACGUAAUACCCACAGGAAGUUUUUAUGAGGGAACGAAAAUAGGAGCACCUGACGAGUUUGAUUUUAUGCUAACUUUAGCGAAGCUUUCUGGAGCCGACAAAAUCUCUCUUCAGCCCGGAUGCUCUGAUUGGUAUCCUUAUAUCAAAUUACAACCAGGUGUUGAAUUUCCCCAGAAGUAUAAAAUUAAUAAUUUUUGUGAAGAAGAAAGAAAAAAUAAAGACUUCCUUGGAAAUCCAAGAUUCGUGGCUACGGACUUUUGGAAAGAAAUUGCAAAUAUAAAUGCCUCUGUGAACGAGAACAUUCCUCUAACUUAUGGAACCAUGUCUUUUGUACCGUGUAACGGCAAGAAACUCGAGCUUCAGUACAUACAAAACUCAACCUUACCACAAAAUACUGACAUUCAAAUAAAAGAGGAAAUAUCUCUAGUGGGGAGUUUAAAAAUUGGAGUUGAUCUCAUGUUGGCAAUUGACCAUCCUUCCUUAGAAUCAAUACUGAAACUACCAGGGUUUCCAAAGAACUUUAAAGAGUUACUUUAUAAACAUGGAUGUCACGUUAUUCCAAAAUCAUGCCAUACUGACCAUAUGGCCCAUACAAAGUGUUGGUUUGUAACGUUUUCUUGCAUGGAACGUGAGCUGAUAAACAAUAUGAAUGAGCACCACAAGAAAUGUUACAAGAUCCUGAAGUCACUUAUCAGUAGUGAUAUAACCAUGUCAAGAAAAUGCAUGAACUUGUCGUCUUAUACGCUGAAGACAGCAUUCUUGUUUCAUGUAUAUGGGGAAAACGAAUGUGUAUAUUCAAGAACAUUGUCCGCAUGUAUUUGCGACGUGUUACACUAUUUGUCCUCAAAUCUGCAUCAUAUACAGAUGCCGUGCUUUUUUGCAAGAGAUAUGAACACUUGGGGGAAUAUUCUUGAAACCCCUUGGUUUCAGUGGAAGGGUGAGACGAGUUCUGGGGAGUUGGGCUAUGCAUUUGCAUUAUGUUGGAUAAAAUUGAUGCAUAAAUUUGUAAAUUAUCUGCAGAAUACCAUUUCUAAACAUACGCCACUAUCUGACAAAGAUACGAAAACCGUUCUUUCCAGAUGUGACUAUUUCAAAAAGGCAGUAGAAGUUGUAAUGAUUUAUUUCGUCAAGAAUCAGCUAGUUUAUAAGAUUGAAAAGGAUCCCGGUUCUUUAGAGAGUUGCACAGAUGACUUUUUUUCAAACUUCAUCCAGAAACUAAAAUAUCAUUAUAACGUGGACUUAUCUUUUGUAGAAUAGUUAAGAUAAUGCAAUUUCCAUUGUUACACAAUGUAUGAAAAGUUUUUAAUUUACAUUAGAGCAUUGUAUUUCUCAACAAACAUCUCAGUAUCAAGCAACGUGUUAAAGGCAGGUUAUGUGAUAUGGUACGAAAAUGCCAACAAAGCAACGUUUAGAAGUGUGUAUAUAAUUGUCUAGUUUGAUAUAAAUCAAUAAAGUCAAAAUCAUCAGAUCAACCAUAAAUACGUCGUUACGUGUAGUAACUAUAAUAACGCUAAACUUUUUUUUAAAUAUAUAUGUAUGUACCAGUAAUGCGUUAAAUUGUACAAAAAGCAAUUGACUGUAUUUUUUACUGAGUUUGUUAACGCAGUUCUUAUUGCUGAAUAAAAAAAAAAGGCUGAAACGAUUUUCAUUAUCAGUACGAAUUACUAUAAAAUGAAAUUUUUUUCUUAUUUUGAAUUUUUUUUGUCCCCUGAGCACUUACUAUUUUAUUUUUAAUACGCUUUAAUUUCAUAGUCUUAUGCAACUUUAAUAUUUAGUUUUUUGAACCAGUUAAAAAGCACAUGAUUGUG